AUGAAUAGUCAUGUACGACAAUUGUACAAGACUCUUCUAUACAUGGGUAAGGAAUACCCUGAGAAACUGGGAGGGUAUGCCAAAUUUCGGAAAGUAUUAAAGAAAAACUUUCAAAGCACACCAAUCUCAAAUCCACAAGAAUUAAAAGAGGCAUUAAAUAAGGGGAAAUUUGUAGAAAAGGAAUUAGAAGCAUUAUAUUUUUUAUCAAGAUAUAGAGAUAUGAAAAGAAAAUAUUACUAG